GAUUCAUAACCAAACGUUCUAUUUUCUUACUGUUUUACACCGCGUCUUCCUUUUGUUGCUUGUAUCAUUCAAAUUCAAAAAUCCCGAUCUCAAAUUUUCGGAAAACCCUAACCCUUUUCUUAAAUCAAUUUUCAAGCUCUCUAAAUCUGUGAUACUUUUACAGAAAUGGAGAACUUGAUUUCUUUGGUUAAUAAGAUUCAAAGAGCUUGUACUGCUCUUGGAGAUCAUGGCGAUGAAAGUGCUCUUCCUACUCUCUGGGAUUCUCUCCCAUCGAUUGCUGUUGUCGGUGGUCAGAGUUCAGGAAAGUCUUCAGUUUUGGAGAGCAUUGUCGGCAAGGACUUUUUGCCUCGUGGAUCUGGUAUUGUUACAAGGCGUCCACUGGUUUUACAGCUACACAGGGUUGAAGAAAAUAGAGAAUGGGCAGAAUUUAUGCACCUUCCUAGAAAACGAUUCACAGACUUUGCUGCUGUGAGAAAGGAGAUACAAGACGAAACUGAUAGAGAGACAGGACGCACUAGAGGAAUCUCUAGUGUUCCAAUUCAUCUUAGUAUAUACUCACCUAGUGUGGUUAAUCUUACACUGAUUGAUCUUCCCGGGCUUACCAAAGUGGCAGUUGAGGGUCAACAUGAAGGCAUUGUACAAGAGAUUGAAAAUAUGGUUCGCUCCUAUAUUGAGAAGCCCAACUGUAUAAUUUUGGCUAUUUCUCCUGCUAAUCAGGAUCUGGCCACGUCCGAUGCAAUUAAAAUUUCUCGUGAAGUGGACCCUAAAGGUGAGAGAACAUUUGGAGUUUUAACAAAGGUUGAUCUUAUGGACAAAGGAACGGAUGCUGUUGAUAUUUUGGAAGGUCGCUCGUACAAACUGCAGUAUCCUUGGGUUGGUGUUGUAAAUCGUUCACAAGCUGAUAUCAAUAAAAAUGUUGAUAUGCAUAUUGCUCGCCGCAAAGAGCGAGAAUUUUGGACCAAUAGUCCUGAAUAUAAGCAUAUGGCCAACAGAAUGGGUUCAGAGUUCUUAGCUAAGAUGAUGUCAAAGCAUUUAGAGAAUGUCAUCAAAUCCCGGAUUCCUGGUCUUCAAUCUCUUAUCAGCAAAACCAUUGUUGAAUUAGAAUCAGAGUUGAGCCGUCUUGGCAAACCUGUUGCAACUGAUGCUGGAGGCAAGUUAUACAUGAUCAUGGAAAUUUGCAGGGGAUUCGAUCAGAAUUUCAAAGAACAUCUUGAUGGAGUACGCCCAGGUGGUGACAAAAUUUACACGGUCUUUGAUAAUCAGCUUCCUGCUGCUUUGAAAAGGUUGCAGUUUGAUAAGCAGCUUUCUAUGGAAAAUGUGAGGAAGUUAAUUACGGAAGCUGAUGGGUAUCAACCUCAUCUUAUUGCUCCGGAACAAGGAUAUCGGCGACUGAUUGAAUCUUGUUUGGGUUCAAUUAAAGGUCCUGCUGAGGCUGCAGUUGAUGCGGUUCAUGCAAUAUUGAAGGAUCUUGUUCACAAAGCUAUCAAUGAAACUUCGGAACUAAGACAAUACCCCUCUCUUCGUGUAGAAGUCUCUAAUGCUGCUGUUGAGGCAUUAGAGAGGGCAAGAGAUGAAAGCAAGAAAGCGACAUUACAGCUUGUUGAUAUGGAGUGUGGUUACCUCACAGUUGAGUUUUUCCGUAAGCUUCCACAAGAUGUCGAGAAAGGUGGAAACCCAACGCUUUCAAUAUUUGACCGUUACAAUGAUUCAUAUCUUCGUCGAAUUGGAACAACUGUCCUGUCAUAUGUGAACUUAGUUUGUGGGUCUCUAAGAAAUUCGAUUCCAAAAUCCAUUGUUUAUUGUCAAGUACGUGAGGCAAAGCGCAGCUUGCUCGAUCACUUCUUUACGGAACUGGGUGCAAAAGAGGCAAAAGUGUUGGGUAAGAUGUUGGACGAGGAUCCCGCAAUCAUGCAGAGGCGUACAAACCUAGCGAAAAGGUUGGAGUUGUAUAGAACUGCCCAGUCCGAGAUUGAUGCACUUACCUGGGGCAAGUGAAUCAGAAAUUCAAGCAAUGCUUUUUGACCAUCAUCCGAAAUUGCUCUUUGUAGCUAAAAAUGUGAUUCAUUAAUUCGUACAGAAUAUAUCCAGCUUGGUUUUCUCAUACGCGUUUGAGGCCAUUCUAGGAUUAAAAUCGCGCUCAAUUUCACUUCUACUAGCAUUUGUAAAUGUUUUGGUGGUUGAUUGUUAUAUCUUGAUCAUCAUCAUCAUUAAUCCUUCUUGAUGUUUGAAUGAAUAUCUACCGAAUUCAGCAGAAAUGAGAGUUUUGCUUUGUAUUUCUCUUAUGAAAAUGUCUUUGCCCUUUGGUAGUUCUUUUUUUAAUUGGUCACAAAGAGUUGACCUUC